AUGAACGGCGGCAGGGAGGAGGGGGAGACCCCGGGGAGCCUGUCAGAGCCGGGAGAGGAUCAAAGCCGACCGACGCCGUACACCGCGCGCCCUCCAGACUCCGAGGGAACGACGCCUGGCUCAACGGCGAACUUCAACUUCAACUCGACAGCGAGCAUCCCCAGGGGGGCUACGUCCACGUCACAAGACGACGGAGAGGCGCCGGCCGAGGUGGUCAGCACGCCGGGAUCCACUCCGUCGGGACCUCCCGCGUUGGACCCCGCCCUUGCCUCCCCCACAGGGGCCCCGUCCUCCAAGGAGCCGCCAGGAGCCUCAGCCGGGGGCCAAGGUCCUCAGAUCCCGGGGCCGACCCCUUCCGUCGCGCCGUCGCUGGGGGCCCCUCCGUUGCCCCCUCUGGCGGACUGGGGGCCCGAUGAUGCGACCGCCCCCAUUGUUCCAGACCUCCUCCUGGCUGAGGUGGGACCCGACGUGAUGCCCAAACCAGAGGGGCCGGAGAGCCUCUGGUCAGAGGCUGCGAGCGACAGCGAAGCGGACACGGAGGUCCCCCUGACCCAGGACCAGUCCACCGAGGGCACCAUGUCUUCAGAGGACCUCCCCCUCAUCUUCGACCCCUUCGACGACGUCACACCGCAGGGGGGGGCGUCCACGGCCGGGGGGCCGGCGGCUCCCGGUGGCCCCCAGCCGUCGGCCAGCGCCACGGCGACCGGCGGCACGUUCCUGUCCGAGGCGGCGUUCGACCGGCCGGUCGCCGUGGAGACGGACGCCGACGGCCCCUCCCACCCCCCGCCCAUGCUGCCGCGGGAGUGGAUGUCAGGCACCGAGCUGUUGGAGCCCAGCGCCUCCCCGGUGGGACCCCUGGACCAUCACGACGUGAAAGAUUCUGACAACGCAGAGGGACUAGAAGAGCCCUCCUCCAUCUCUGGCCUCGCUGCUUCCUCUCUCCUCUCCUCUGGAACACCUGUAACCAAGGCAACCCAUCACCACGUCUCUAAAUCCACCUCUGGGUUGGAGGAGAUGGAGUCCGAGGAGGAGUCUGACGAAGACGACAGUGAGGAGGAGCAGACCAACACGCCGGCGUCCAACCGGCCCCCCUACAGCCUGAUCCCCCCACCCCCUGUGUGGGUCCAGCGGAACCAGGGCCUGAUGCGUAGCUGGAUGGAGCUGAUCAGAGAAAAGGCGGGAUACGUGUCGGGGAUGCUAGUCCCCGUUGGCAUCGGCAUCGCGGGGGCCAUCCUGAUCGUAGGGGCCCUGAACAGCAUCCGCAUGAUCCACCGCAGACGACAAAACAGCUUCAAGUACCAGAGGAGGAAGGUCCGACAGCAAGAGGUCAAUAUCACACCCACACAGCAACCUAGAGAAACUGGCCCGGGCCGCCCAGAUCAAGCCAUGCUAUUGGCCGACAGCUCAGAGGACGAGUUCUGAUGUCACGCCCGAGAUGUCCUCAACCACUGACCCGACAGCCGAUUCCCCUGUCACGGAAUGCUAAGUAAAAGCAUCACCAUCGCUAUGACUACCGCAUCUUCCUUCACUCCAGGCUGUCCUCCAUAAAAGACUCACCCAAGCUACGGAUUAGUUUCACCUGAGUAGACCCCAGUUUAUGCAGGCUGUGCUAAGCCCAGUAUUUUCCUGAACUAGAGAUGAUGGUGUUAUGAAAACUAAAGAGCUCAUGAUGGGGGAACAGUGAUCAGAUUCAUUAGCAGUGAGAAGCGCGAAAGCACUGUCUGUCAAUCAAAAGGCUGUAUGUGGGAAGCAUUUUAUCCAGUGAGUGUCAAUCACAUGCAAGAAGGGCUGUAGCCAUUACAUACUGCCAUCUGCAUACAAAACAGUGUAAAUAUUGCGAAGUAGUUGACUUAGUGAAUACGCUUUCCAUCUCCUCACUCUUGGCCAUGAUUUCCAUAGGAUUCAGUAGGAAACAAUGCAUUUCUUUGCAUAUAAGUGUAGAUAAAGCAUACAAGUACACGUUAUGUAAAAAGUCUUUCAAAUUUAUCCAGCAGCGCAUGUUAUAUCAGACACAUUUUUCGUUCGCAAAGAAGAAUGUUAAUCCUAUUUUUUAAGGUUUGUCUUUACUUGAGAAUCAAAAAAAACUAAAACGUCUUACAUUUACUUACAAAUAUCCCUUUGGGGCUUUGUCAGCAUAAUAGGCACAAAAAAUCUUUUCAGCAACAACUGUAGUUUUUUGUAAUCCUAAACAAUUGCCAAAGUAGAGGUGACACAGGACAGGGUUUGGACCUAAAAUGUUAGCAAGAUUGCUGCCAGAAAGAUCAGGUUUACAAGAAGAGGAAAAUUGCUGCAGUUUUUUUGAGGGACUAAAUAUAAAUAUUGGACAAACAGUCUUCAAUAAUGGUUUCUGUUCUGCUUGCAGCAGAUUUCAAAUAAAUGUCAGUCAUUCUUUUUUUACUUCCUUCAAUGCUUUUAAGAUUUGUAAGCAAGCGUAGGAUGUGUAAAUGCAAUCGUGUUUCCCUGAAUGUGCUGUAAAAUAGUGGACUUCUUUUCAUUGUUCAGCAAAUAUCCUGCGUAGUGUAAUCUUGAAUAAAUAUUUGUCUUGAUUCUACAUUUCUAUGCUGUGAAAAUCACUUCCUGAUAUAACUGAAGUAAUAAGCUGUACUCCAGUCCCGGUCUGAUGAAAUGCAAAGAAAGACUCUUGAAACUUGCAGUUGGCACGAAAACUAGCUUGGAGGGACACGACCAUCAGACAAGAAAACCCACCGUCUUGACAAUAGAAAAAAAUCAAAU